AUGCUGGCAUCUGUCGCCACCAAGGACAAGAGAGGAGACAAGACCAUGUGGCUGUUCCCUGCUCUGCUCUUCCUGUUCCUCCAAGUGUGCAGCUCCAUCUCCAGUUACAUUGAGAUCAGAGGUCCGUGCUUUUUUUUUUUUCCAGGCUGCUGCAGUGAUCAGCAUUCAGUCACAGGUCCAGAGCAGGUGAGUGGUCAGGAGCAGGGCUCCUUGACAGUGCAGUGUCGAUAUGCCUCAGCCUGGAAGGAUCACAACAAGUACUGGUGCCGAGGAGGUAAUCAGAUAACAUGUGAGCUUCUUGUUGAAACCGAUCGAUCAGAACGGUUUGUGAAGAGGAACCAUGUGUCCAUCAGGGAUGACCAGACAGACUUUAUCUUCACAGUGACCAUGGAGGACCUGAGGAUGAGUGAUGCUGGCAUUUACUGGUGUGGAAUUACACAAUCUGGAUAUGAUCCCGUGUUUAAAAUUAGUGUGAACAUUGACCCAGCCCCAGAAAGUUCAACUAUGAUCACCAUAGCCACAGUUCUGACAUCCACACCACCAACCAUGGUGAACACUGGCAUGGAGAACACUGACAACGGAGCAGUGACUCAGAGCAGUCCCCACACCAGGUCCCUGCUGAGCAGUUCCUCCUUCCAGCUGCUGGUCUUUGUGAAGUUACCCCUGUUCCUGUGCAUGCUCAGUGCUGUCCUCUGGGUGAACAGGCCUCAGAGAUGCUUUGAGAGAGGUGAAGUUGGCCUGGUGAAGACCCAUAGUUCUGUUGCCUGGAACAGAGGGAAAAACUUCCCAGGAGAUGGAAAAUGAUGUCUACCUCUCUCUGUGUGUCUCUCUGUCUCUUUCUC